AUGCGAACGAAGAAAAUCGUGUGCUCGUUGAACCUCCACUCUAAGAAAAUCUCAUUAGACGCGUGUGCAUCGUGUGGAUUGGAAAUCCGAUUCUAUUCCUGCGUAAUAAGCGUGACAUUCGACAAAUUCGAAAAAAAUGAGAGAGAAAUUGUAGAGAUAGAGAGACCAGAGAGUGUCAAAUUGCAUGUGGCACGAAAAGUUAACUACAGAGUUGAAUAUGAGGAUUAUCAAUGGGAGAAUGGAACAUUUGAAGUGAGAGAUUACAUUGAUCAUUUCAUGGAAAUACUACAUCACGAUUGGAUUGAUGAAUUGACUGUUAGGAGUGAUCAUGCUUAUCCACCAGAGGAAAUUCAACAGCUUGUAAACGGAUUAGAGAUAAGAGAACUUUCUUUUUCUCAUGACGGAAAUUUGAGAAUUUCUGAUGACGGCAUGAUAAUUUAUUUGAAUGCGAUAAGGCCUUCACGUAGCUUUUAUUUGGAUCAAACCCCGCUUUUCGUCUGGAAUCACUCCAGGAUGAGCCAAUUUUUUGUUCAAAAUCUUGAUUAUAUUGUGAUAGGAGACGCUCCUUUAUUAACUCUUGACGACUUGUUACUUAUGAAUGUUUCGGAGAUUCAAAUCAAUAGAACUCGGAUGAUCGAAAAAGAUUUCAAUCGGUUUUUGAAGCAUUGGAUCGCCGGAUCGAAUCCAAGAUUGAAGUAUCUUAUGGUUGGAGGUGAUUUGACAAUUGAAGAUAGAGAGGAGUACGAGAGGGAGUUAUUGCAAGGAAUAGAGCACAGAAAGAUACCUGAUGAGGAGGAGAGAACCUGCGUGAGACGAAUGGGUACAUACGAGGAACGUACGGAAACAGUUUCAGGUGGUUCUUAUAUUAGAAGAAAAGAUGGGACUGAGGCUAUCGUCCACGCUAAGUAUCUUCGGUUUCAUUUGAUUCUCCAAGAGUUUUUGAAUGAUUAA